AUGAAUUUGUUCUUCUUUUUCCUCGUGCUGGUAUCACCGGCCUCCUCCAUACCUUUGUCCUCCGUUCGUAGCAGCGCUCUUGCAAGCACUUUACCCUUCCCAGGUGAUAAAUUCAUCCGUACCCUUUUAAGAAGCCACGCACCCAAAUUUGCCACGGGUAUUCCUCUUGCGGUAUCACCCCCAAUAACCCAGAGAAAUCUUGCGCUAUUCCGCACCGCUGCACUCAAUCUCAAUAUCACCCACCCAGUCACAUUCCUAGAUGAUUCUCGCAAAUUCCACUACCCGGUUUUUGAAACAACAAAGUGCCAGCUUGGAAAAGAUACCGACAAUGUAACACCCUUUCUAGAUUCUACCACUCUCGGCACCUACUUCAAGGAUAUAUUCCAAAUGAUCCCAUCUUGGACAAAUGGGGAUACCGUAUUGUCUCGAUUCGAUCUAUUCCACGGCCACCUUUUCGCGAACCCUUCCACCGGUGCUGUCGGUGUAGUAUUCCAUUCAAAAGAAUACCCUGCCGAAAACACUGAGACAUUCCCUUUUAAUCUGGGCUACUGUCAAAUCAACUCAAACGUCACCUUCGUCCAAAAGAUAAUGCGUAAAAGAAAUAUCAUUUGGAUUAUUGACGAUCGCGACCGCACGUCACUCUGGCGGGUUGAUAUGGGCGUUCGGACUGGUGAUAGUGCCAUAGACACUAUAUUAGGUGGCGAACCCUUUUAUACCCUUUACGAGGGUAGCCUAGGAAACGUUGUUGCAGAUCUUUAUUACUUGAACGGGCUAGAAUUAAGUGUAAGUUUAUACUAG